GUUUUUUUUUACAACUUGUUGCGAGUGAGCGAGAGAGAGUCUGUCUCGAAGAGUCGCCGCUAUGGGAGCGACGCGAUCUGUCUCGUGGAUGGCGCGCGGAGCGUGGCUGCUGGUGGCGCUCCUGGUGGCGGUGCGGGCAGCCACAGUGCCGGCCCAAGGCGGCCGCAAGCACCGGCGGCAGUCGCCCUUCUCGCCGGCCCAGCCCUUCAUCGACAUCGACAAGCAGUUCGCCGCCGUGGGCAGUCACCACCAUCACCAGCAGCAUGCAGCUACCGGCGCUAAGCUCGCGUUCCGUCAGCCUGAGCCCGGGCACUCUGCCGCCGCCGCUGAAACGACCCACGGGGCCCGCAAGCAGCACCACGGGGCGGCGCCGCAGCCCUUGUCCAAGCACCACCCCGCCGUGCACCGCGUCGGCCCCAAGUCGCUGCGGCGCGACAGCGAGGCGCAGUCGGCGGCCUCGGACCACGUGGCAAAGGCGGCCUCGGGGCACGACUCGUCGGGCAAGACGCACGAGCACAGCGCCGCCAAGCGCACGGGAGGGGGCGGCGGGGAGCACCACCACUACCAGCACCACCGCGGCGAGGACGAGCGCCAGCACCGCGCCCGCGACUACGGCGAGGCGGAGGGCGCCAAGACGCGCUACGACCACGACGACUUCCACCAGGCGGGGCACGGCGCGAGCGCUCACGGCGGCCACCACGGCAAGCACGCCGAGUCCAGCCACCGCGGCAAGGGCGGCUUCUCCAAGGGUUUCAGGGACAAGUACCACAAGGACGAGUCCCACAAGUUGAACAAGUACUGGAGCAACGGGCACGAGAAAGGCGCGUUCGAGAAGUUCGGACUCCACAACUCGCACUACCUGAACAGCGACAGAGAUAAGGCAAAGAAAUCCCAACACAAGGAGGGCAAGAAGAGCGACGGCUACGCCAAGAAGGGCCAGUCCGGCAAGGGCCACUCGGAGGGCGCCUCCAAGGGCCACAGGGCGCACGGCGGCCACGAGUCGCAGCGCGGCCACCACGAAGACUACUCCAAGAAGGCCGGCCGCGCGGUGGGUAGCGCCCACGACUUCCAGCACGGCGGCGUCAAGGCGUAGAGCACACGCCGACAGGGGGCGUUCGCCACGGGGCCGCCGAGCUUACACACCAUCACCCUGGCAGCCGGCGGGGACGGAUCUAGGGAUGUCCCUCCACCCUCAGGAGGAAAUAGUUUCUGACCACGCGCCCUCUUUCUUCGCGAACUUCUUAUUCUGCCAGUGAUGACACUUCCUCACGCAGAGUGAAGGAGAAGGGAUGGCACAUCGGGGCAGAAAUUGUGAUUAACCCCUCCCCCUGCUUCUUUCACCCAUCGUCCAACAGCAGAAAAAACGUAAAAUGCAUUAACUUCUUUAUUUUUUGCUACCGUGCAAAAUUCUUGUAAAUUUUUAAGCGAUUUUUUUAAUUAAACCCCUGUGUACUUUCCAGUUUUAAUGUGUAAAUUUUAUUUCACAUAUAACUGACAUUUUUAUACGAUCAAUGGAAAAUCCAUAUGUCGAAAAUAAAAAGCCACAUAGUUUUAAUUGUGUUACAGUUUUAAAGUUAAUAAAUUUAAAAAAAAAAUAUAUAUAUAUAUAUAUAUUGUUAAAGUACAGAAAGUAAACUUACUUUUACUGUUUCAUUAUCUAAAUCCUUUAAAAAAAUUUUCAGCCCAUUCUGCGCUCCAUUUAACCCCGCACCUGAAGCAGGCUGACCGUCCCCCUUUUUAUCCCCUCUCCUUUACCCCCACUUCACCCCUACCCUAUCUAGAUCCGUCCCUGAUAGGUAGAAGUACUGAAAUUUCGUAGAUUCACUUGAUUGCAAGCCAGAACGCAAACCUUCUUAUUCUUGCACUGUGUUAGUGAUUGGACCGCAGUUACUUUUGACACGCCUCUCAGCGACCGUGAACCAACGAUCUCCAGCUAGGAGAGAAGUAGACGAAUCAGGUAGUGCCGGCUUAAAAUAAAAUAAAAAAUCAGCCUCACACGAAAAGAUUUCGCGAAAUUUCCGGGUCUCUGCUAAUAGGACGAAAUUCACAAGUAAGUACGUUGUCAACAAAAUUAAUGGUAUAUUCAAAGAUCACUUUUUCAGUUACGGUCUCGGUAAAUGUUCACAGUUCUCCUUGUCUAUAGCUGCCUAAGGGUCAAGGGCGUGUCAAGAAAACUGUCGUCCAAUCAUCAACAUGAAGAAGAUGUACAUGUGGUUCAAGUCUAAUUUACUACCAAUGAAUCUGUGAAAUAAGCGUGGCUCUACCAAUGAAAAUACUGUUAUUGUCGUUACAGCUACCUUAAACGUUACUUACAAAGUGAUAUAAUUUUUGCAGCUCUAAAAUUGAUCCAAAUUAGUUAAGUCGCUACGUCUGGUAUCCUCAAAUACAUAGAUAUUACCUGCAUAUCGCGUUUGUUCAAAAUUUGGCUAAACCAGCAGGAUUGAAUAUAUGAUUUAAUUUUCAAACGCCCAAUGUAAUUUAAACAAUAUUUAAUACAUGCAUUAUUUCUUUAAAAAAAUUCAUAGCAUGGUUUUUUAGUAUUGUUGUGUUUGUGUAGGUAUAUUUUGUCAUAGGUGUAAUUUUCCCCAUAGCUUAGAGUUAAAUGUUAUUUUGUAUUUAUCUAAAGACACUAUAUUAAUGUUUGAAUAAGCUUUAGAAUCUAUUUAGAAUACAUUAGUAAGUAUUGGUGUUUUUUUUACUAUAUCUUUAUAAAAUAGUAUAAAGCUUACUUUAUGAACACGUGCAAAUACUUAUACAUGAAACCUAUGUCGCAUGGGACAAUUUGUUAAUGUUAUUUAGCAUAAUGUAUUUUGUAAUUAACAUAAUAACAAUUUUUGUAAUUGUAAAUAAAAUUGUAGCAAAUUUUAAUAAAAUAAAUGUGUUAUAUAACCUA